CACCCACGGCCUGGAGCCUGGGAGGACAAGGAGCGACGCUGGGCUACCCGCCUCGUCACAACUUGCCGGGACCAGACACGCUUCAUCUUGCGCCCUGGAAGAAGGAGCCCGCCUGCCUCUCGCUGCUCAGUUGCUCCUCGGCCUCCGCGAGCCCCGCCUCUGCGCCAGCAGCAAUCCCGGGAUCUGGCUCCCCCGUGACUCCCCGUGCCUUGCAGCGCCCGGCUUUCGCCCAGGAGCGCGCAGCUGGGGUGCUGGAAAUACAGCGGUGAGCGACACACCUCUCCUGUUCCCGCUGAUCCUGCCAGCCCAGUGGAUGGAGCCCAGAAUCCACAAACCUGCCAGGAAAGAAAAAAAUCUUCCUGAUGGUUGGUCCAAGCAGGGCCUCCCUGGUGGAUUGAGGAAUGCCUGGCUUUUCCUCAGCUCCUUGAUCCCGGAGGUAACCACAGGCAGCCUCCAGAAGACCCCUACAAUGAGAGGCCUGGGGUUUGCAAGUCGCUGCUAGAAUUUUUUAAGGAAUGCAGCACCAACACAGAUUUGUAAGGUCCCAGGGCGCAUGCUGAACGCGCGUGGGCGGACACGCCCUCUACUCCAGGUCGGGGCAGGGCGCUGCCAUAGCAACGUCCUGGACGCCCAGAUCCUAGGCCGCCGCCGCCGCAGCGAGUGUCUGGGCCAUCUCAGGCUCACGAGGAGAGUGGCGGCGGCGGCCCCGAGGCUGCCAGGGCUGGGGAGAAGACUCUGCUCCGUCCCUCCAGCGCAAGCCUAGGCGGCAGACUGGCUUGCAAGCAUGCCCUUCCAGAAGCACGUCUACUACCCUCUGGCCAACAGCCCCGAGGGGCUUGACGCCUCUGCCGCAGGCGCGGCCCCCAUGGCCUUUGUCCCCCCCAGCGCGGCCUCGGGCCCCCUGCCCUUCUUCCAGUUCCGGCCGCGACUGGAGAGCGUGGACUGGAGGCGGCUGAGCGCCAUCGACGUGGACAAGGUUGCCGGCGCCGUGGACGUCCUGACACUGCAGGAGAACAUCAUGAACAUCACCUUCUGCAAGCUGGAGGACGAGAAGUGCCCGCACUGCCAGUCGGGGGUAGACCCAGUGCUGCUGAAGCUGAUCCGACUGGCGCAGCUCACAAUCGAAUACCUGAUGCACUCACAGGAGUUCCUCACCUCGCAGCUAAACCUGGUGGAGGAGAGGCUGCGCCUGAGCCUGAUCGACUAUGAGCAGAGCAAGCAGCUGCUCACCAAGCAGGCUGGGGAGAUCAAGCUGCUUAAGGAGGAGUGUAAACGCAGGAAGAAGAUGCUGUCCACUCAGCAGCUGAUGAUAGAGGCCAAGGCCAGCUAUUACCAGUGCCAUUUCUGCGACAAGGCCUUUAUGAACCAAGCGUUCCUACAAAGCCACAUCCAGCGCCGCCACACUGAAGACUCUCACCUCGAGUAUAAUACAAAGGCCCAGACGGACAGACUCCAGAAGGAGAUCGACAUGUUGAAGGAACAGCUGCAGCUCACCAGGUCUCAGCUGGAGUCUGCACAGCACUCUCAUGCCGUCCGGUUCUCUAAGGACUAUGAAAUGCAGAAAACAAAAGAAGAAGACUUUCUGAAGCUGUUUGACAGAUGGAAAGAGGAGGAGAAGGAGAAGUUACUCGAGGAGAUGGAGAAGGUCAAAGAGAUGUUUAUGAGGGAAUUUAAAGAGUUAACGUCUAAGAAUUCAGCAUUAGAAUAUCAGUUGUUAGAAAUACAGAAGUCUAACAUCCAGAUCAAGUCCAACAUAGGCACCUUGAGAGACGUUACUGAGCUGAGAGAAGACCAUCUUCCGUGUCCCCAGGACUUUCAGAACAUGCUGCAGCUCCUUGACAGCCAGGCAAGCAAGUGGACAGAUCGAUUUCAAGUUCUCAACGAAGAGCACAGCAAGGAGAAGGGGCAGCUCCUGUCACACAUAGAGAAGCUUCGAAGCUCGAUGAUGAAAGAUUUAAGUGCAGAUAAUGUCUUCUACAAGAGGCGGGUAGAAGAGUUAGGCCAGAAACUGCAGGAGCAGAACGAGCUGAUUAUUAGUCAGAAGCAGCAGAUUAGAGAAUUUGCCAGUAAACCAUACAGCAGCACCAGCGAGCUGAAAGGGACUCCUUUAACCCGACAAACACUGGAACCUAAAUCGGCUGCACCGAUCACACCCAUGACUGCCUCGGCCACACAGAAGCUGGAUGGUACAUCCAGCCUGACCAUGGUACAUGAGCAAGUGUUCUCUUCACACAUACUGGAACCAAUAGAAGAGCUUUCUUCAGAGGAGGAGAAAGGUCGAGAAAAUGAGCAGAAAUUAAAUAAAAAGACAUACUUAAGGAAACCGUCAAACACCACCAACCCGUCCCCCAAGGAGCUGAGGACUAACCUGGAGAAGGAGCUGGGGAAUAAACUAAGAAGCUUUGGGAUCAGCGCGAAUAUCCAAGGUAUUCCGUGUGAGAUCUUGAAUAGAUCGCUUAAAGCCAUGCAGGUUGCCAGACAUGAUCUAGCAAAACAAAUGCCUGACAUUCAACAAAUCCGAGAAUCCCUGGAGCACCAGCUGAUCUGUAAGAUGGAGGAGAAAGUGUCACUCUCUUCAGACAGGCACCACGUCCCCGCCAUGACCACCUUUCCACCUGAAGAAGUACCCAAGGCCACCCAGCUUCCCCACAAAAGCCGACCGUUGGUCAGACAGAGAACCGUGUUUACUGACAAAGCGGCUAUCCCAAAACUUAAGAAAAAUACCAAAGAAAGUCAUUUUCUCAGAAGGUUUCCAUCCACCAAGACGCCUCCCUUCAGCUCUGAAGAGGAUCCGGAUGAAGAGGACUUCCUCCAUGCUUACCUCUCCCCAGACUCACUCACCGCCGCCAAGCAACCACCUAAAAACAGCAUGAGUCACUUUGGAAAGAGCGCUGUCAAAAGUGACACGGACUGGACGGAGGGAAGUGAAAUGGACGACUCGGACUUCUCUCCUAAGCUGACAGGAACCUCCAUUAAGAUACAGACUGACAGUGUUGAGAACAUGGCUUUACCCCAAGGAAGUGGGAAUAAAGCGGUCUCUGGAAUGAAUCCUGCUGAUGCGGUUAUCAAAAAGGAAUCGUUGCAAGAGUUAAAGUGCACAGAUGCUGACGAUGAGGACUGGGACAUAUCGUCCUUAGAGGAAGAGAAGUCUCUGGGGAGUAGAAUGGAGCAAAGGGAACCCCCUCCUGCAAAGCGCGAUCUCAGCUGCACCCAGGUGCAGAGGGCCUGGGGCCCAGUGAACCCUCGGGAAUUCAAGGAAGAAGAUCCCUCCUCUUCCUCGUCCAGGACUUCAGGAAAACGAAUCAAGCACACUCAAGAGCACCUUAGUCACUGUGACUGACUGGAGUGAUGUUCUGGAUGUCUAACCACAAUCUCGCACAUCAGAAGACUGUGCAGAAGGAGCCAGCAUCAUUGCAGUCAGCAGCCUAUAGGACUCUAACGCUCUUUAGUGUUUCCAACCAUAGCAAGGAGCCUGUUCAGAACAAGGGUGUCUCUUACGACAUGUAACAGUAUCAAGAACAAACUGUCAGCUGUCCACUGUGUAAAAACAACGUAUCCUUUAGGUCAUAAAAACUCUUUUCUUCAGUACAGAACUCUCUAGUGUUAAAUGUAUUUUUUUCAACUAACUUUUAAGUCUUUUUUUUUUUUUUUUAUGACUGGUAGCAGGCUUCGGUUUGAAUUAUUAUAGCUCUUUAAAAUAUAUAUGUAUUGUCCCAUUGGUAGUUCUUACGUUAAAACAAUUCUGUCAUCUCUUCAAACUGAAUUAGUGAACUCAAUGAUCCCAUGAAUGGUAACAGUUAGCUAGACCCAUGAUAAAUGCAUUUCCUUAAAGUACCUUUGAUCCCACUGAGCUCUGAGGCCCUGUCAGCAUGCCAUUUCUAAUGAGUUCUUUUCUACAGUGUAACCUUCAUCUUGGAUGUUUUAUGAAUAAUGUGCAACUGAUGUAACUGCCAAUUGAUUCCUGUGAGAUGGUCACUAGAAAAAGAUGAGCCAUUAUUAAGUCACCCACAUGUCAUUUUCCUGUGUUCAGUCCCCAGCCCAUAGUAUAUAAAAUACCUCAGAACUAAUUUAUAUUCUUGAAUAAUGAUCUUGGCAAUGGUCAGAAAGUUUAUAUAGAA